GGUAGACCGAAGCAGAACGACUGUACCUUUUUGUAAGCACUAUAAAUAACAAAUCAUGUAUGGCCGACUUUUAGCUCCUCGCCGUGGCUGCAGUCUUUUACUGAAAGCUUUGUACAGGCCUAAACAAGCCGUGUUUGUGAGGGAUAUAUCCGUAUCACGCUCAGUAAACUCAAGCGAUGCCAACUGGCAAGCCCGAGUGGACCUUGCCGCUGCGUACCGUGGUUUUGAGAUGAUGAACAUGCACGAGGGAGUUUGCAACCAUCUGAGCAUGAUGGCUCCGGGAAAGCACGGCACUGGAAGAGUCAUGCUCAUGAUUCCCUAUGGACUUCACUGGAGCGAGGUUACAGCAUCAUGCCUUAUUGGAGUAAACGAAUCAGGACAAAUUAUAGAAGGAGAGGGUGAAAUUGAGACUUCAGCUGCCAUGAUACACUUGGGUGUCCACAAAGCAAGACCAGAUGCUAUAUGUGCAUUCCACUUGCACCCCCCUUACUCAACUGCUAUAGGCUGCCUCAAGCAACCAUCCUUUGGAAUGUACCAUCAGAAUGCAUGUCGGUUCUAUGAUGAUGUAGCAUAUGAUAAUAAUUACAGUGGAUAUGCCACAGAUGAGAAGGAAGGGUGCCGCACUGGGCGCAUGCUCAGAGAUAAAGUUGUCUUGUUCAUGUGCAAUCAUGGGAUACUUGUAGUAGGACCAGACGCCCAGCAGACGUUUGAUGAUACAUAUUACUUGGAGAGAGCCUGUAUGAACCAGGUCCUAGCCAUGCAGACUGGGCAGGAGUUGAUGGAGAUCCCUGAAGAGGUGUGCCUUAUGAACAAGAGUUUAUUGGAAAAGCCAAAGUAUGCUGCUAUACACUUCAAUAGCAUUAAAAGACUUUUGGCUAAACGAGAGCCUAACUUUAUGGCUUGAGUUAGGCCAACAGAUAAAGGCUAGUAACUAACUACUACUUGAGGAAGAAACUGAAACACGAAGAUUUUGAAGUGUGAAGAUUAGAUAUAGGAACUUGGGCCCUUCGCCAGAAUUUUUCAGAUCAGAGGGUUCAGAAGAACUAAAUAAAAACUAUAAUUUAAUGCAAGUAAGGACACUAAGUAAUAAAGGUCCUCUAAAAAUAGGUAUACAAAGCCUGAAAUUCAGUUUUGAAUAAUUUUGUAAAAAAAAAAAUGAAAAAUGAAAGAAUGAAAAAAAAAUCAACCAACAGGAAUCCGAAAAAGAAGUAAAUUUCUUUUGGCGAGUUGGUGAUUUUUCAAAUUCAUAGAUCCAACAUGUCAAUCACGCGUGCACGAAUAGCCAAUCAGGAAAGAGAUGGUGCAAUAACAGCCAUGUGGUCCCACAAAUGUCCCCAAAAAAGUCGGCAAUCAACGGCUAAAAAGAUUUGUUUGAGAUAUUUUUCUGCGAAUCUGGACAAGCAAAUAAGCAUUCUCUGGUCAGCGUAGAAAUGCUAGCCCUGUUUUCUUUGACCAGCCACUUUUAGUGUAGAGUUGGGACUCAAAUUGUAGAAAAACAUGUAAAAUUUACUACGAAGAAACGAAAAAACAAAAAGCAAGCAAACCACUUACAAGAGCAAUGUAGUCCUACCAUUAAACUUGUGUUUGAUAUUACCUAGAUAAUUCAAAUUACAUAUAAAAUGAGACUGUUGUUUGUAUUUUUGCUGUAAAUCUCGACAUUUGCCGAUAAAACUUGUAGUUAAAAGUCAGACGUAAACAGCGAAUUUGGCUUUCUAUUUUCCCUGCACUUAAAUCACUGCAGUUUGACAAAAAUAGCUCGUAAUCAUCUUUUUAUAUGCUUCUCUACAAGAUUUUCACCAAGCUUGGACAACAAGACAAGUUUCCAUCAUGUUAGGUUUCUGUGUUUUAUUUCCCAAGUCGCAGAAAGACCGCUAUAAACGUCUGUAUUUAAAUCCCUCAUCUGACAUGUUGUACAAUUUGUGGGACUUUAGUGGGACAUUUGGGUUGCACUUUGCUGGCUUCUAUUUGCUGCUUUCUGAUUGGAUAUUUGUGCAUGCGUCUGAUCUAUGAAUUAAAGAUGAGUAUCAUACAAAUGUAAUAUUAAAGUAAAAAUCUGUCUUAUAAAAUGGAUGACUUUGUGCAGGCUA